GUAUCCGGCCCCGAAAGCGCCGGUUUAGCGCAGAGUGCCACAGCAGCCCGAGAGGAUGAGCGGGAUGCCGAGACGGGACGGAGAGCUGUAGAAGUGCCGCGCACCAGCAGGAAGUUACUUUUUUUCACUUCCUGUUUGCAUCUGGGGACCGCGUUGCUCGCGACUUGGCGCCCGUAUGGCGUGCUGAGGGAGGCGUUGGUGGCGUAGGCGGCGGUGCAGGCGGGCCGCCAGCCUGGUCAGCAGGUGACCAUGGCGGUGGCGCUGGAGGCCGUUUGGCUGAGGGUAAAGAAUGUCUGCAAACAAAAUGGCCUCCUCAUCAUGUCUGUGCUGGCCGUUGUCAUCGGUUGCCUCCUGGGAUUCUUCCUCAGGACUAAGCGGCUCUCCGAGCAGGAAGUGAAAUAUUUCCAGUUUCCCGGUGAGCUACUGAUGAGGAUGCUGAAGAUGUUGAUUCUGCCUCUGGUCGUGUCCAGUUUGAUGUCGGGCCUGGCGGCGCUGGACGCCAAGUGCUCCAGUCGGCUAGGCCUGAUCACCGUGUCCUACUACCUGUGGACCACCUUCGUGGCCGUUAUCGUGGGCAUCGUCAUGGUAUCCGUCAUCCACCCGGGCGGCGCCGCCCAGAAGGAGGACUCAGAGGACAGCAGCAAGCCCAUCAUGAGCUCGGCCGACGCUCUGCUUGACCUCAUCCGGAACAUGUUCCCGGCCAAUCUGGUGCAGGCUACCUUUCAACAGGUGAAGCAAAGAGACAUCUUGUCAUUCAUGUGCUCUACAAUCAUGUCUGCCAUCUCAUCCACCAUCCAAAAUCUGUGCUUCUGUGUUUUUUGUCAGUAUCGAACCAGCAGCCAGUACACGGUGCAGACCAAGCCCACAUUGGCCCAGACACCGUCCCAGUUGGUCACGAGGCGACCGCUGAUCUACGGCAUCCAGGACGACAACGGAAGUGACGUCCAGAACUUCUCACUGGACCUGACGCCGCCCCCCGACGUGCUGGUCAAAACCAAGGAGGGGACCAGUGACGGGAUGAAUGUCCUGGGCAUCGUCAUCUUCUCUGCCACCAUGGGCAUCAUGUUGGGCAGGAUGGGGCCAAACGGCAGCGCCUUGGUCAACUUCUGCCAGAGUUUGAAUGAGGCUGUGCUCAAAAUAGUCGCCAUCGUUAUUUGGUACUUCCCGUUCGGGAUCGUGUUCCUGGUGGCGGGCAAGAUCCUGGAGAUGAGCGACCCCUCGGCCAUGGGGAAGAAGUUGGGCUUCUACGCGGUCACGGUGGUCUUCGGCCUGGUGCUGCACGGCCUCUUCAUUCUGCCCGCCAUGUACUUCUUCAUCACCAAGAAGAGUCCCAUCGUCUACAUUCGUGGAAUCCUGCAGGCGCUCCUCAUAGCCCUGGCCACCUCAUCCAGCUCGGCCACGCUGCCUAUCACCUUCAAGUGCCUCCUGGAGAACAACCACAUCGAUCGGCGCAUCAUCCGCUUCGUUCUGCCCGUGGGCGCCACCAUCAACAUGGACGGCACAGCACUCUACGAGGCCGUCGCCGCCAUCUUUAUUGCGCAGGUUAACAACUAUGAGCUGGACUUUGGGCAGAUCAUCACCAUCAGCAUCACAGCCACAGCCGCCAGCAUCGGCGCGGCAGGCAUCCCCCAAGCGGGCCUGGUCACCAUGGUGAUCGUGCUCACCUCCGUUGGCCUGCCAACCGACGACAUCAGCCUCAUCAUCGCCGUCGAUUGGGCGCUAGAUAGAUUCCGCACCAUGGUCAACGUCAUGGGUGACGCCCUCGCCACCGGAAUCAUGGCCCACAUCUGCAGGAAGGACUUUAUCAAGGAAGGAGACGGGGUGCCGCUCAUGUGCGAGAGCCACACCGGCGCCGGCGUGGUGGCUCCACUCAUGAACUGCCACAACACCAACAGCAACUACCGGCUGCCGUCCAAGCACACACCGGUACAGCCCGAGGUGGCGCGCCUCAUGCAGCUGGAGGAGGGCUUGCGGGCCCCGCCCGACAGAAGAAAGCCGCGCGCCCCCCCGCAACAUCCCAGGAAGAACAAGGACCAUUGUGCAGUGGACAUGAAUGGCUUGGAGACUAAAGUGUGAAGAGCGCCACUCGAGGGACGGCGUCUGCCUCUGUCUUUAUUCUUGUUACCGCCGAAGGAGGUCCAACAGAACGCUCGAUGUUCUUUGGGUGGACCGUAACUAGAACUAAAACCGGAACCAUAACUGGUCCCGGAUGGACCUUAUGAAUCCGUGAGAGACAACGUCAUGUUUGAUUCUGCCUUAAGACUCCUGGAGCUGUGACUAAGUCGCCAGUCCCGCGCACUUUUGAUCUUCUCAACCAAAUGGUUAUUGCUCUUGGAAGUGAAAAAAAAAACAAGCUUAAAAAAAAGUUACAUCGCUAAUUUGAUGGAGUCAUGCCACAUUCCGAAGAUGAAAACCUUUCGCAACUACCCAAUCAAAGUCCUUUGUCAAUCCUUCCAUGUUCGCGCAUCAGGCUUCUUUCAAUGGAAAAAACGCCUAACAACUAAAACCUAACCAUUGCGCAUCAACCAAAAUAUGGGCAAAAAGGAGAACACCGUAAAAUGACUUUUUGGUCAUUCUCAUCAUCAUAAAAGCACAUUUUGGAAUCUUUUAAAAAUUGACAUAUGCGUAA